UAUUCAGAAACACCGUUUUACUUCCUGUUAGAAAUCUCAACAACAGAGCCGAAGCGCUGAAGCUAAACAACUUUAGCAGCUUUUGGUCAACAAAUAUUAAUGUAGCAAAAAUACUGCGUAGCAACAAUGAUUCCGUACACUGUCAACAUCAAACUCGCGGCUCGGACUCUGACUGGCACUCUCCAUUUGCAGAAUAAAACCGCUGUAGACUGGGGUUGGCAGGGGCUGAUAGCUCAGGGAUGUCACUCCAGUAUUCUUAUCAUCGAUCCAAAGACGUCUCAGACCAUACAGGUGCUGGAGCGGCACAAAGCCAACGUGGUCAAGGUGAAAUGGUCCAGGGAGAACUACUACCACAACCAGAGCUCUCCCUACUGUCUGCGGCUGGCCUCAGGAGACGCCUCGGGGAAGAUCAUAGUGUGGGAUGUGGUCAGCGGCACCGCCCAUUGUGAGAUCCAGGAGCACUCCAAACCUAUCCAGGACUUGGAGUGGUUAUGGAAUCAGGAUGCGUCUCGUGAUCUACUGUUGGCCAUCCACCCUCCCAACUACAUCGUGCUGUGGAACGGAGACACGGGCACCAAGCUGUGGAAGAAGAGCUACGCUGAGAACAUCCUCUCCUUCUCAUUUGACCCCUUUGACCCCUCCAAUAUGGCAUUGCUGACCAGUGAAGGAAUAGUCUUUAUCACAGACUUCUCCCACUCCAAACCCCCGGGCAGCGCUGGUAAAAAGGUCUACAUCGCCAGCCCCCAUGCAAGCCCCGCCCACACCAAGCCUGCCUCCGCCAUCUCCCUUGCCCCCACAGGCGCCAAGAAGGCCCUCAACAAGGUCAAAGUGCUCAUCACCAAUGAAAAACCCACUGCGGAGGCGGUGACGUUGAACGACUGUCUUCAGCUGUCCUACCUGCCGUCCAAGAGGAACCACAUGCUGCUGCUCUACCCCAGAGAGAUCCUCAUCCUGGACCUGGAGCUCAGCCAGACCGUGGGGGUGGUGGCCAUCGAGCGCUCCGGGGUGCCCUUUGUUCAGGUGAUUCCCUGCGCUCAGCGGGACGCCCUCUACUGUCUCCACGAGAACGGCUGUAUCACCCUCCGAGUGUGUCGCUCCACUACAACCCAAGAGGAAGCAACAGACCCCGAGCAGAGUACCCACGAGCUGGUGUACGACCUGCGUUCUCAAUGCGAUGCCAUCCGUGUCACCAAGACAGUCCGGCCAUAUCGCAUGGUCAUCUGCCCCGUCAACGAGAAUAGCGCUGCGCUAAUGGUCAGCGACGGCAGAGCCAUGCUGUGGGAGCUCAAAGCCCACACCGGCAGGGCUGUCACCAAUCAAAGUUCUGGGCUCUCGCCGCUCUACACCCCCAUUUCGUUUUGUGGAUCUCCACUGGGCACAAACCAGAAAAGGAUUCAGGAUCUGUCUCUCAACAGCAUGAUCGUAUCAGUUUAUGCAGACCUGCCCUCAUCUCAUUACCUCUGCCAAGAAGGUCAGACCUUGAUAGCUGGUGAAGCCCUUCCUCCAUCAUCCAUCCAGCAGGAGGUCCAGUUGAAGUUCCUGCUGAGCGGCCUGCUAUCCGGUCUGCCACUGCCACCAUUUGCUCUCCGCAUGUGUCCACCACUAACCACCAAAAACAUCAAUCACUACCAACCCCUGCUGGCUAUAGGCACCAGUAAUGGGUCUGUGCUGGUCUACAACCUGACCAGUGGCCUCCUCCACAAAGAACUCAGUGUCCACUCUUGUGAAGUCAAGGGAAUUGAGUGGCUGAGUCUUACCAGCUUCUUAUCUUUUGCUACUUCUGCACCAAACAACAUGGGCAUGGUGCGGAAUGAACUGCAGCAUGUUGACCUGCUUACUGGCAGAUGCUUUGCAUUCAGAGGCGAGCGAGGAAACGACGAGCCACCCAUUGAGAUGAUGAAAGUGUCUCAUCUCAAGCAGUACCUGGUGGUUGUGUUCAGAGACAAACCUCUGGAGCUGUGGGACACCAGGACGGGGACGCUUCUCCGGGAGAUGGCUAAGAACUUCCCCACCGUUACUGCACUGGAGUGGUCCCCGUCCCACAACCUGAAGAGCCUGAAGAAGAAGCAGAUGGCAGCGAGGGAGGCCAUGGCUCGGCAGACCGUGUCAGACGCUGAGCAGAGUAUCGUGGAAUCCUCAGUCAUAAGUCUCCUGCAGGACGCAGAGAGCAAGUCAGAGUCCAGUCAGGCCAUCUCAGCCAGGGAGCACUUUGUGUUCACGGACACUGACGGGCAGGUGUACCACAUCACCGUCGAGGGCAACACAGUCAAGGAUGGUGCAAGGAUUCCCCCUGAUGGCAGUAUGGGUAGUAUCGCCUGCAUUGCUUGGAAAGGCGACACCCUGGUGCUCGGGGACGUGGACGGCAAUCUCAACUUCUGGGACCUCAAAGCCCGUUUGUCCAGGGGAAUACCAACGCAUCGUGGCUGGGUGAAGAAGAUCCGCUUUGCCCCGGGGAAGGGCAACCAGAAGCUGCUGGUGAUGUACACAGAUGGAGCAGAGGUCUGGGACACCAAAGAGGUCCAAAUGGUGAGCAGCAUGCGGAUUGGGCGCAACGUGAACUACCGCGUCCUGGACAUUGAUUGGUGCACGUCAGACAAGGUUGUUCUGGCCUCUGACGACGGCUGUAUCCGAGUUUUGGAGAUGGCCAUGAAGUCCGCCAGCUACCGCAUGGAUGAACAGGACCUGACCGAUCCAGUGUGGUGUCCUUACUUGCUGGUGCCCCGUGCUGCCCUCACUCUCAAGACCUUCCUCCUGCUGCAGCCCUGGUCAGGAACCUUCACCAUGGACAUCACUCAAGUAGACUACACCGAGAAAGACGAGAUUAAAGGCCUGAUCCAGGAGCAGCUCAACGCCAUGUCUAAUGAUAUGAAGAGCGUGCUACAAGACCCGGAGCUCACCCUGCUGCAACGCUGCCUCCUGGUCUCACGGCUGUUCGGGGACGAGUCGGAUCUUCACUUCUGGACUGUGGCGUCCCACUACAUCCAGGCGUUCGCUCAGGCCCGUCUGUCCACCGCAGAGGGGAACACCCAGGGUGACGGAACCAAGCCACCGCCGCCUCAGAACCACCUGGACAUCUGCAAUGACAUCCUGUGUGAGAGCUCUUACUUCCAGAAAUUCCAGUUGGAUCGGGUCCACCUGCAGGAAGUGAAGCGCUCCAGUUAUGAACACACUAAGAAAUGUGCGGACCAGCUCCUCCUGCUGGGUCAGACGGACCGGGCAGUGCAGUUACUGUUGGAGACGAGCGCAGACAACUCCAGCUACUACUGUGAUUCCCUCAAAGCCUGCCUGGUGACCACCAUCACCUCCUCAGGACCCUCUCAGUCCACCAUCAAACUAGUGGCCACCAACAUGAUCGCCAACGGCAAGCUAGCAGAGGGUGUCCAGCUGCUGUGUUUGAUUGACAAGGCGGCGGAUGCCUGUCGCUACCUGCAGACCUAUGGGGAGUGGAACCGAGCCGCCUGGCUGGCUAAGGUAACUCAGCAUGACGGCGUCCGUCAACAGGAAGCAUCACACACUGUGAAAUGUUUGGAUAGUGUCAGAGUGCGUCUGAACCCAGCAGAGAGCUCAGAUGUGCUGAAGCGCUGGGCGGAGCACCUGUGCUCCCCGCAGGUCAACCAGAAGUCCAAAGCCAUCCUGGUGCUGCUGUCGCUGGGCUGCUUUUACAAAGUAGGAGAGAUGCUGCACGGCAUGCGGUACUUUGAUCGAGCCGCGCUCUUCAUCGAAGCCUGUCUGAAGUACGGGGUGAUGGAGGCCGAUGACUCUUCCAAUAAACUAAUCAAGUCUGCGUUUCUGGAGUACGCUCGGCUGCUGCGCUCCCUGGGCCUGCGGGAGGGCGCCGCUCUGUGGGCGUCCCGGGCCGGCAGCGCAGGGGAGCAGCUGAUGGAGGAGCUGUUCCAGGGGGAGGGCAGCGUGCCAGAGAGCGUUAUCAGCGAAGACAAAGAGCUGGGCCAGGAGAGCACCGAGUGACCACUGAAAGAUUUGGAGAAGAACGGAUGAUGGUGCAAAUCAAGGAUCCGUCAUUCAUUCUUACUUCUAAACCUCGAGUGAACUCUGUGUGUCAGCGCCCAGAGGAGUCAUGAUCCUCAUCAGGAGAAGAGAGGAGAUGUUUCCGUGUGGAGUCCGUCUCCCUGUUUCUGUGACUACAAAGAGUUUCUAAAUGUUUGGUAUGACGUGUGUGUUUGUGCACAUUUGUGAAUGCAUGCAACGGCCCCAAAAGAAACAAUCUUCUGUCCUGAUUCCCCCCAAACACGUGAAGUGAUGCACCUCGUGUUUUUGUAGGUUAAUGGAUUUAACUUUUUAUUUAUGGUUGCUUGGUAAGCUUUAUUUUUGCGUGCCUGUGUUAAUGACUUCAAAGUACUGUUGUAGCUCUACAGGUUUCAUUUGCCUUUUCUCUGCUGGGAUGAAAUACGGCAGAGUUAAUUCAUCCAAAAAUAAUACGUUCCAUAUUUCAUUUGCACUGCCCUUGACGGCUCACAUUACUACUCCAUGACUGGAUUCCCUCGUAAAUUAACCAAAAAUACCAAAUUAUUAGAAUGCUAACUAUGAUUCCCUGUACAGAGACACAGUAUUUCUGUAGGCAGACACACGACAGACUGGGUGUUCCAGCCACAGCAGGUGGUGCUGUAUAAUUGAGUGACCAAAGCCUGCUGCCUCCCAGCCUCCGCAGCUGUAACUGUUGAGCGGCAGGAAAGUUAGCCAGGCCACCUUGCUCCUAAUUCACCCUUAUUAUAAUUGAAUGUCCCUGAACACAGAGGCGAUAGGAGUGAUGCCGUUUAAUUAGCUUGUGUAGAGUUCACAUUAGUUGAAUAGAUUUUUCGUUUUCUACUUUUAUGAAACCUUGAAACGAAAACUACUCUUCUUUGAUGUUUGUGUGACGCGGUUGUUCUAUGGUGUGUAUUACAAGAUGAUCUGUCAAAAAUGUGUCUGUACUCAUUUGAAUCAGACUUUUGACAUCAUUUACACACAAACCGUAAUCUGUGCUGCCAUCACAAUUACAAAGGCAGACACACAUAUUUUAGGAUAUGACCCACUGCCAUCCGUUCUGCUUUUCUGACCAUCAUACUCAUCCUACUCAUCGAUGCAAAAUACAUAUUAAGUGGUUGUGUUUUUUAUUGCGUUGUAGCGUGUUAACUGGUCCUGAAACGAGACAGUAACUCCAUCCGUGGGACCAUUGUUUGUUGUGCGGUUUUGUGUUUCAUAAACACGUCAGUGCUGUUUCUGUUGUGUUGCGUAUAACCCCGAGUCACUAUGGCAACCCAGGCCUAUUUUAGGGCACUACAUGCUCCUGUAGAUCCAUUUCACUCCCACUGACAUACUGUAGGAUCUCACACCCAGCAGAUAAUCAGCUGUAGUUUACCCAUGCUGUGUUUCUUCCUCCAAUCACGUCAUGCAGUAUUGUGCAAUGAACUGUACUUCCUCUUUAUGAUUAGUGUGACUAACACAGAGCAAACUAUAGCCUUUUUUCAUUGUUCUUUGUUCAUUGUUUGUACAGUGAUCCUAAUGCUUUAAGCUAUAUAAAUAUGACAAGAGAAAAAAAAUAUCUGUAUAUAUGGAUGGAAAUAAAAUCAAUAUUAUUAACUUUA